GAGAAGGCGCCCAUAUCUUUAAGUCAAAUACACUCACACCAGGGAUGGAAACCACGACCACUAGGCCAUCCCAGCCCAUUAGAUGAGGAUUGAUGUGUAUAUUAAACAGCAAAAGAAACGUCAGGUUGCUAUGUUAUUCUGAAUAGACGCAUUGCAUGAUACUUGCCAAAUGUUGUUAUUGUAUAUUUGUGACCAAAUCUCCACCGGAAAACGGCCAGGAGUUCUGGAUGGAAAACAUGCCACUUGACUUUAUGAACUAUAAAGCGCACGUAUUAGAACAUCAUUAAAUAUCCUGUCUGCUCACCCAACAGAAUACAUCAUUAAAUUUCUUGCCCGCUCUGUACUGACUGAAAGUGAAUGACGUCGUUGAUAAAACCAUAAUAUCUUAUUUCUAUUCUAUUGAAGAAGAUUAUACAGUCUUUAACGCACAUUUCUAAUUCAGUUUGGACGCUUGUUUUAAUGUCUUCACUAAAUAUUUUAAAUAACUACAAAAAUGUACGUUUAGAUAAUAAACAAUCUGUAAAAUCUUUAAAGCAUAUAAAAUGUGCAUGCAUUGUAUAGUUAUCCUGCACUAUAUUUUUAACCGAAGGUAGAGAUUAAGGCUCUUUGGCCUUCUUUUUAUAUUGAGCUAUGAUAAAUAAACAAGAAGUAGUUCGUAACACGCGGACGUCGAUAACAGUCAUCUGGCAAUUGCAUAUACACCAAGUUACCAGAAAUUGUUUUAAUUUUUAAAUAUAAGACUACUUUUAGAGAAAAAUUACUGACAUAUUGUUCAUGAUGAGGAUCUUUCCUGUUUUGUGUUUUUGCUUGGUUAUUUAUGUGAAGAAAGGUACCUGCUAUCCAAAUGGUGCUCCUGCCUCAACAUGUUUAACUUUGUAUCCGCAUCAUCAAUCAACUGUCCAUCAAACAUCAGCUACACCUUUUACUUUUGCUGUUGAUAAAACUACAUAUCAGCCUUCUGACGAGCUUACAAUUACGAUUGGAUCGACAAAUAAUAAAGAGUUUAAAGGGAUAGAAAUAAAGGUUCACAGAGUUGAUGGCAAUCAAGAAGUUCCUGAAGGACAAUUUACAGAGUUUGAUGAAAUUAAACUGAAAACGAAUGACUGCUUUGGUGGACAAAAGAAUUUAAUAACACACAAUAACAGCGACGCCGUGACGUCAUUGACAAUAAAAUGGCGGGCACCGGGUCAGAAUAUAGGAGCUAUUCAGUUCACGGCAACAAUUGUUGAGAGCUUUAGCGUAUUUUGGUUUAAUGUUAAGACUGUUGUUCAACCUGCUUCUAACAAUAAUAUUGUUGAUCCUGUAUUCCAGAUACCUACUAUACCAGCAGAAUUUACACCAAUAAACUUUAAUAACUGCGGUCAAACUAAGGGCUGUUUUUACCACCCAAAAACCUGUACGGGGGAUGACUGUGCAGUGGCUGUAACUUAUAUGGAUAAUAAAGACGACACUUAUACUAUUGAAUUAAUUGGAGAUGCAAAUAACGGUGCUGGUUAUAUUGCUGCUGGGCUGUCUAAAGAUAAAGCUAUGGGAGAAGAUGUGGUAUUCUUCUGUUCAGUUGGUUCUGAUACAGUUGGUGUUAAAUUGGGUUACAAUCCUGGUCAAUAUUCACAAUUUGACUAUACGAGAGGUUUUACCAAUGUUCAAACCCGUUUCGUGAAUGGAAAGAUAUCCUGUCGAUUUACCAGAAAUAAAAACGCAACUCUGUACCAGGCACCAAACCUGAACUUUGACCUUUCCGAGGCAUACUAUCUUCUUGUAGCUUGGGGUGGAACUUAUAGCAAUACGGGUGAGGUGAUGCAUCACACUGAUACUCCAGUUACCACCAACGAAUUAGUCUCCCUGAAGGACACUACUCUACUGACAGUAGACGGGCCUGUAUCUGGUGCUCAAACACUACGAUGUAUUCAGUUGAUCACUGUCAUUUCUCUACUACUUGUCUGGCUGUAAGAGGUCAAUUAAAGAGAAACAUACGCCGUAUUAGUAUAUAAUGAAGUGCACUUAAUUACUUUUAGUCUUUACCCCC